AUGAACUUCCUGAUGAGAGAUCCAGUCAUACAGGGCUCAAGUAUGGCAUAUCAUCCGUUUAUACCUCACCGGGGUCCGGAAUUUGCCAUGAGUGCGAUGCUGGGCCACCAGCCCCCGUUCUUCCCGGCCCUUGCGCUCCCGCCCAGCGGCUCCCUCUCGCUGCCGGGCGCGCUCGGGAAGCCGAUCAUGGACCAGCUGAUGGGCGCCGCGGAGACCGGCCUGCACUUCUCCUCGCUGGGGCACCAGGCUGCGGCCGCCCACCUCAGGCCUCUCAAGACCCUGGAGCCCGAGGAGGAGGUGGAGGACGACCCCAAAGUUCACCUGGAAGCCAAGGAGCUGUGGGAACUCUUCCACAAGAAGGGCACCGAGAUGGUGAUCACCAAAUCCGGAAGGCGGAUGUUCCCCCCGUUCAAAGUGAGGUGCACCGGUCUGGACAAGAAGGCCAAGUACAUUCUGUUGAUGGAUAUAGUGGCGGCCGACGACUGCAGGUACAAGUUCCACAACUCGCGCUGGAUGGUGGCGGGAAAGGCCGACCCCGAAAUGCCAAAGAGGAUGUACAUUCACCCGGACAGCCCGGCGACGGGCGAGCAGUGGAUGUCCAAAGUCGUCAAUUUCCACAAACUCAAGCUGACGAACAACAUCUCCGACAAGCACGGAUUUGUAAGUUCAACUAAUACGAUUCUUAACUCGAUGCACAAAUACCAGCCUCGGUUUCACAUUGUGAGGGCCAACGACAUCCUCAAGCUGCCCUACAGCACCUUCAGGACUUACGUUUUCCCCGAAACGGAUUUCAUAGCUGUGACUGCUUAUCAGAAUGACAAGAUCACUCAGCUGAAAAUUGACCAUAACCCCUUCGCCAAAGGAUUUCGUGACACGGGCAAUGGGAGGCGAGAAAAGAGGAAGCAGCUGGCCCUGCAGUCCAUGCGCUCCUACGAGGAGCAGCAGAAGAAGGAGAACGGCGCCUCGGACGACUCCUCCGGAGAGCAGGCCGCCUUCAAGUGCUUCGGCCAGGCCUCGUCUCCCGCCGUGUCCACAGUGGGGCCCCCGCACCUGAAAGAUUUCUGCGACAGCGACGAGGACAGCGACGACGAGAGCAAAGACGGACACGCUAAAGACGGACCGGACUCCAGCAAGAUCUCCACCACCACGGAGGACGGGAAGGAGCACGAGGCGAGUCCGGCCAAGGGGACGCCCUUCGGCAGCACCGAGGCGGGCGGCAGGGCGCGCGACGCCGGGGCCAGGACUGAGAAAAGCCAGGCGGACUCCCGGCACAGCCCCAUCACGGUCAUCUCCAGCACCACGCGGUCCGGAGAGGACCUGAAGAGCCCCGGCCUGGAGCAGGCCAAGACGGACGAAUGUAGGUCACUGAACAAGGACGGCUUCCUGCCUUUGACGGUUCAGACGGACAGCGCGCACGUGGGCCACGGCCACCUGCACAAUUUCGGAUUUCCCACGGGCCUAACGGGACAGCAGUUUUUCAACCACCUCGGGAGCGCGCACCCGUUUCUCUUGCACCCCGGCCAGUUCAACAUGGGGGGCGCGUUCUCGAACAUGGCCGCCGGCAUGGGCCCGCUGCUGGCGGCCGUGUCCACGGGAGGCGUGAGCACCAUGGACACCGCGAGCAUGGCGUCGCCGCAGCAGAGCCUGACGGGAGCGCCGGGCCUGCCCUUCCAUCUGCAGCAACAUGUCUUGGCAUCGCAGGGCAUCGCCAUGUCUCCCUUCGGCAGUCUGUUCCCGUACCCGUACACAUACAUGGCGGCGGCGGCGGCGGCCUCCUCGGCCGCCUCGUCCUCGGUGCACCGGCACCCCUUCCUGAACGCGGUGCGGCCCCGGCUCCGGUACAGCCCCUACUCGCUCCCCAUGCCGGUACCGGACAGCACGCUGCUCACCACCGCCCUGCCCGCCAUGGGCGGCGGCGGCGGCGGCGGGGCGGCCGAGCUGAAGGCGGACGGCCUGGUCCCGGCCAGCCCCGCGUCCGCCGUCACCCUGGACUCCACGUCGGAGGUGACCAGCCACUCCGUGUCCUCCGGGUCCGUGUCCCUGUCCCCGAAGACGUGCACGGAGAAGGACGCGGCCAACGAGCUGCAGAGCAUCCAGCGCCUGGUCAGCGGCCUGGACUCGAACCAGGACCGGCCGCGGAGCGGGUCCCCGUAGGAGUUUACUUCACAAACAACAACAACAUUAAGGCGCCACCUGACAGAGUGACAGCGUGAGGAUGGACACGUGAACGACAGGACGCCCUGUAGAUCCACGCAGGUUUGAAAAGGAGGAGAGAAAAAAAAAACUAAAAACGUGAACUUUUUAGUUUCUGAAAUGCACUUUGUUUAAUACACACCUGCUAUGUAUAUUUCCUUCUUUUCUCUACUCUGUUAAAUUAAACAACACUUUCAUCCUGUCAUUUUAAUACCGUACAAGUAUUGAAACUGAAAGCGCCGGCAUGGGUGGAAACUUGCUGCUGUGUCCCGUCUCCUUUAACUUUAACCAACACGAGAAGAAAUGUGGAUUUAAGAUGCACUCUCAAUUGAUUUGACUUAUUUGAAUUCACUACCGUUUGACCUACCUUU